AUCGAUAUGAAGAAUUAUCAUUACUUAACAUCUCUAAUUAUCAUUGUUUUGGUUUUUGCUUUGUUUUUUUUUCGACAAAACCGUCAAAUAGUGUAGCCAUCCCAUGGAGACCCAACUGGAGAAAGUCUUGAGUGAUAUCGUCACACAGCAGGAUACGGUGGGCGCUCUGCUAGCCAAUCGUCAGGGUCUCUGUUUGGGCGCCAAAGGCGAUAUCAACCCGAAUGUCUCUGGCAUCGGCAUGGCCAUAUCUGAUCAGGUGGCGGCGUUGGAGCCCAAAAGUGCGGUUUCGGCUCAACCAGAGGCGCGUCAUCCGACCAUCUGCCUAUACAGCGGCAAUAGGCGAUGCGUCAUCCAGAGGAAUGGAGAGAUAACUGGCAUCAUUUACAAGCAGCACACAGCUGCCCCGGCCAGCGAUUAGCACGGAGGUCGGAGCUGCAGCCCCACGUCAUACUCAGGCCAACUCAAGUCUUCCAAAAGUGCGCUCGUACCAGGAGUCGCAUCGGAAUGGGACUAGGGACUCAGGACUCGCCACAGGAGGAAAAGUCGCUUGCGUGCCUAGCGUGCUUGUUAAAGUGUUUCAGUGCCAGUUUGUGGCUCUCUUCAUUUUCUUAAUUCUUGUUAUCAUUAUAGUUCUUUUUUUUUUGUUUUGUUUAACAAUUCGCGUAGCAUUAGGCACUAAAGUUACGAGUAGAUGCAAAAUAAUACCCCACAUCAUGUGUAUGUAUGUAUAUGUAUAUAUAUCUAAAGCACUUUACACUCUUAAGCCUUAAAGUCAGUACGCAUACAAUCCUAUACACAUACACAUACACAUCCAUAUAUAAAAUCGAUCAGAUGAUGAAUAUUCAUGUAUGAAAGGUUGCCACUUUUGGCAACUGUUUACAUUUACCUGCUGGUGCAAUAGCAAUUAAAACUAUGAAACUACGCUUCCCAUUGGAAA